UUUUCCGAGAGAAGACCCGUAUGCUUCAAUGCCUUCCCACAUCGACAUGUCUUCCUCCGACGCUUUGAGAUUCAGCGGUUGUAGUAGCGACGUCACACAGGAAUAUCUAAGCAAUUUCUUCAGGUUACCCUGGUGUUCGCGGCUUUGGGUGAUCCAGGAGGUUAGCGCUGGCAACAGCGUGCUGAUUCUAUUCGGCGCCUUUCAGAUUCCCUGGGAUCAUGUAGGUCUGGCAGUAGCUUUCAUAGAACGCUGGCUGCCUCAGACCAUCGAUGUGUAACAUGUCACAUAUCUAUUUGACCCUAUCUACGUGCAGGCAUCUAUGUUCUUCACUCUUCACAGGGGUAGAAACUUCGAUGCGUGUUUACCAGCUGAUCAUAUAUACGGUAUGCUUGGCCUUCCCGCUCUCGAAUCCCUCAGCCAAGCUGUAGUGCUAGAUUAUACAAAAGACUCUCAAACGCUGUUUCAACAAGUCGUAAGGAUUUCAGUAAAGCAGCAGGGUAACCUAGAUGCCCUCUCUUUUGCGCAACAUUCCGGCGGCGUCCCAUUUCAUCGUCCAACAUGGGUUGCGCAAUGGGACGAGAAAAUCUGUUUGAAUUUGCUCUUCGGUUUUUCAAUCUUCACUCGUCGUCGGUCGAACGCCGAUCGCAGCUCUGCUGUACAGACUAAAUUCUCUGGAGACUAUAUGCUAUCAACUGGAGUUUGCUUGGAUUCUAUUGAGAGUCGACUAAAGAUCGACUCCUCCUAUUGGUUUGAUGAGUCGUCUCUCGCCGACGUUGACGACCAUCCCCUUCUGACAUUCAUCCGUACAAACGCCAAGAACGGGAACAAAUAUCUUCGCAGUUCAGCCGUUCUCGCCUAUGGAAGAACCCUAGCUGGCGGGGUGGAUGGAGAUUUCUUCGGUGACAACCAAGCUGGUGACGAUAGCCCUGGUAUUGUCGGCUUCUGCCAGUAUGUGGUCGAGUUGAUGAAAGGAGCAGGCGAAAGCCCGGAUUCGUACUCUGAUUUUGAAUUAGAUAUGGAGGGGGUGUGGCAGACCUACGCGUUCUAUGCCAGCACGAAAAUGUGGAAUCGUUGCAUUUUCACGACGAGAAAGGGCUACGUAGGAUCUAGGCGCGACCUUUUACAAUCUAGCGACAAAAUCUGUGUUCUUUUCGGAGGUCGGGUUCCAUACAUCCUUCGGCCGCAGCAACAUUAUUACCAACUCAUCGGAGAGGCAUACCUGGACGGUUUCAUGGAAGGCAAGGCCAUGGAUAUGCUAGACAGGGGUGAACUGGCGGAGGAAGUUUUUGAGAUUCACUGAGAAUUCGAGAGCUAACACAUAGUUCUUUACCAUCGUUUAAGGGCCUCCAAUAUACUUUGAAAGAUUGGAGA